AUGAGUGAAUCAAGCUGGAAGACUGUGGAAUAUUUCAAGGACGUAAUAAUGUGUGAUCUUUGCCUUGAGGACAAUGAAUCUCUCAAAAUCAUAAGCUUCAAUAUCAGUAAGGCAAAUGAAAAAACAGCCGGCUAUAUGUCACUUAUCCAUCGGGUGUGCAUCGAGGUGGAGUUUGGGGAAAGCCCCACCAAGUCUGCAGCGUUGUCGUAUAUUGUGAAGGAGAAAUCAGAUACAGCAUUCGGAGGUGAUCUUGUCGAGGUUCUUUCUGUGUUUCCCAAAGAGUGCGAAGUGUACGAGAAGCUAUUACCCGCGUUCGAACACAUAUUAGAGAAACAGGAGUUAGUGCGCUUCGGUCCAAAAGUGUUUAAAACAACCAACGAAUCCGUGAUCGUUAUGGAGGAUCUAACGCGAAGCCAGUUUUACAUGCGGGAACAAAGUUUUGGUCUUCCAAUUACGGAUAUUAAAAGGAUACUGCAAAAGCUGGCUGCGUUUCAUGCUGCCUCUGUAAUUUACAAGGAAAACAAUGGAACAUUUUCGGAUCUGUUUUCCGAGGGCGUAAUAGCCGAAAGAACCAUAGAUGUACUAAGCGGUCACUAUGAAACGUUGUAUACAGCGUUUCUGCAAAGUUUGCGCGAGCGAAACAUCUCCGACGAGUACUUACGGCCACUGAUGGCGCUCGAUGGUCGGUUACUAAAAGAAUGUUGUCGGGUGCAGCGCACAGACCCGUCUGAAUUUACCGUUCUAAACCACGGUGAUCUCUGGCCAAAUAAUGUUAUGUUUGGAGAAGAUGAUCUACGUUUUUUGGAUUUCCAAACAGCUUUCUAUGGAUCAGUUGCAUCGGACGUGUUGUACUUCUUUACAACAUCUGCUACGGAAUUGAUGUGUGACUCAUUCGAGGAAUUAUUGCAAUUUUACCAUGAAAACUUAACAGAGGUAUUCGAGCGACUACACUAUCAUAAACUGAUACCAUCGUACGCUGAUUUGUUGGAGCAGAUCAAACGGCGGGGUAUUCUAAUAUUACCCCCACUCUCAGAAGCCGUAGCCAUCACGAUGGCUGGUUUAACGGAACCUUCGGACAUGGAAAUGAUCACUUCUGAUCAACCGGAGGGUGUAGCGCUACGGCACCGUGUCUACAAUAAUCCAUCGUUCGUAGACCUUGUAGAUCGUCUGCUACCAAAGCUGUACGAAUUGGGAUUAUUAAAUAUUGAUGUGGUUUCUGAGCACUAA